UUUGUUGUUGAGAAACUUCAGCGCGUUCAGAAGUCGGCUACAUUGUCAAGGAGCGUUGACACCUGUAAAGUCACUGAGAUAGAGAUGCAGAGGUAUCUGGUGCUCUGUAUGGUCCUGCUGGCCCAGGUCUCUGCUGAUGACUACCCAGGUGGAGAGGCGUGUGAGGAGGGCAACACCUGCUGCAAGGUCCCCUCCAAUGGCUAUGAAUGUUGCCCAAUGUAUCAGGCUGAGUGCUGUGAGGAUCAUACCCACUGCUGCCCUGAGGGAACACUCUGCGUUGUGAAUGAGUCCAUGUGUGUGAAUGGAACUGUCUCCCUACCAUGGGUGGAGAGAGUCUCUGCUAAACAGUCCAUAUAUCCUAAAUCUUUCAGAAUGAUCAGUGCAUAUGCCGGGGAUGAGGAUGAUAACAUCUGCCCUGACAAGUCCCACUGCCCCGAAGAGUUCUCCUGUCUGAAGGCCACUACAGGCUAUGGUUGCUGUCCUGUUGCUCAUGCUGUGCCUUGCUCUGAUGGGAAACAUUGCUGUCCUGAAGGCCACCAGUGCAGCACAGACUGCAGCUCCUGCAUCAAACAGACAGAGCCUGUUGUUGCAGUGAUGUGCAGUGACAAAGAGUCUGAGUGCCCAGAGGGAACCACAUGCUGUGAGACUCCAGAUGGGAGUUGGGGAUGCUGCCCCAUGCCCAAGGCUGUGUGCUGUGAGGAUAAGAUUCACUGUUGUCCUGAGGGCAGCACCUGUGACAUCAAGCAAUCCAAGUGUAUAUCCACUACCAACAAGGAAAUGCCCAUGUGGGCUAAGUUCCCUGCCCGCAAGAGGGCAGAGUGGGAAAACCAGAAUGAAGUUGCCCAAGUGACAACACCUAUUCCAGACACUACCACCUCAGCCAAUAGGAGUCCUGCUUCUCUUUGGGAGGACGUUCCCUGUGAUGAGUCAACGGCCUGUUCGGAUGGAACCACAUGUUGUAAAACACAGGAAGGAGGAUGGGCAUGCUGUCCUCUGCCACAGGCAGUUUGCUGCAGUGACUUGGUCCACUGCUGCCCUCAUGGUAAAAAGUGCAACCUGGCUGCCCAGACGUGUGACGACCCCUCAGGCUCCCCCUCUGAGCCCUGGCUGAAGAAGGUUCCUGCCGUGCCUCGGGAGGGUAAAUUGCCAGGGGAUGUUACCUGUGACCCCACCCAUGUGUGUCCCGACAACACCACCUGCUGCAAGACCGCGUCAGGAGACUGGGCCUGCUGCUCCUUGCCUGAGGCUGUUUGCUGUGAGGACCACGAGCACUGCUGCCCCCAUGGCACCACCUGUGACCUGGCUGGCCUCACCUGUGAUGGUCCCUCAGGGUCGGAGCCCAUGGUGGGGAAGGUGCCAGCUCUCACAACCCUGGCAUCUGAUCAUGAAGAGGCAGCCACAGACCAGCAAGGGGUGCAGAUGGAUGACAUGGAGCUGCCUACAGAGGAUGACAAAGACGUUCCCUGUGAUGAGUCAACGGCCUGUUCGGAUGGAACCACAUGUUGUAAAACACAGGAAGGAGGAUGGGCAUGCUGUCCUCUGCCACAGGCAGUUUGCUGCAGUGACUUGGUCCACUGCUGCCCUCAUGGUAAGAAGUGCAACCUGGCUGCCCAGACGUGUGACGACCCCUCAGGCUCCCCCUCUGAGCCCUGGCUGAAGAAGGUUCCUGCCGUGCUUCGUGAGGGUAAAUUGCCAGGGGAUGUUACCUGUGACCCUACCCAUGUGUGUCCCGACAACACCACCUGCUGCAAGACAGCGUCAGGAGACUGGGCCUGCUGCCACUUGCCUGAGGCUGUUUGCUGUGAGGACCACGAGCAUUGUUGCCCCCAUGGCAGCACCUGUGAUCUGGCUACCCUCACCUGUGAUGGCCCCUCAGGGCCAGAGCCGAUGGUGGGGAAGGUGCCCGCCCUCACAACCCAGGCACCUGAUCAUGAGGAGGCACCCGCAGACCACCAGGGGGUGCAGAUGGACGACAUGGAGCUGCCUACAGAGGAUGAUGAAAGUGACGAAGACGAGGAGUUGCACAGGACACAGUGUGACGCCCACACCAGCUGCCCAAAGGACGCCACCUGCUGCUUUAUGAAAUCCACCCAGAAAUGGGGGUGCUGCCCACUGCCACAGGCAGUGUGCUGUGCUGAUGGAGAGCACUGCUGUCCCAAAGACUACAUAUGUGAUAUGCGCAAGACUUCCUGCUCUAAGGGUGGGGUGGUGAUCCCAUGGUACAACAAGCUGGCAGCUGAGCCAGAUGACAGUGCCCUCACUGCCCCCCUCUCUGUGAAGUGUGACACCCAGAACAGAUGCCCUGAAGGCUCCAGCUGCUGCCAACUUUCCACAGGACAUUGGGGCUGCUGCCCCCUGCGCAAGGCUGUGUGCUGUGCAGAUGAGGAGCACUGCUGUCCACAGGGCUACAGCUGUAACAUGGGCUCAGGGACUUGCCAGAAGCGAAUGAUUCUUCAGUUCCAGACGGUACCCCAAACUCGGGUGUCUGCGCCUGAGCCCCCGACCUCACAGGAGAAGGAAAUCCACUGUGGGGGGCCGUUUGUCUGCAAUAAUGAGGAGACAUGCUGCAAGGUCUCCGCCACUACAUGGGCCUGCUGUCCCGUUCCAAAUGCGGUGUGCUGCAGUGACAUGAAGCACUGCUGCACUACAGGCUACUCCUGUGGUGAGGGACGGUCCUGCACCCAGUCCACUGGCUUCAAAUGGGACCACUGGCAGGUGUUCUUCUCCAACAAGAAGAGAGCCCUGCGUGUGUGACAACUUUGGGCUAGACCUAUCAGUCCAACCAGACGCAUUGCACUAAUGAAGGGACGCAGGAACUUAAUAUCACUGUUACAGUAUAUCAAAUUGUGUUUUUUACAGAGGAAAAAUAGUGUGUAUAUAUAGGAAAGGGAAGUGAAAAUAACUAACAUUUUGCGCCAUUGGUAGGUGCUUGGAAUGUUACUACAUUUACUUCAAGAAAUUCCAAUGCUUGCUCAUGAACAGAAACUAUCAAGAAUUUGAAAUCACUCCAAAAAUGAGAUACCAAUGUUGAACAAUCUUUUAGGGUUGUGGCUCAGGGAAGGAUUGGAAUGUGAUAUAAAACUAGUUGUAAGCUACUAUCAAGAUUGACACAGAGGAGCAUAUAAAUGACAAGAACUUAGUACUGUUUUACAAUGUUUGAUGUUACCUUAAAACAUUAAGAGUGUUGUGUUUUUUAGUUGACCAUGUGAAGUGCAUUGUGCCUCAUAGUUUCAGGUAUACCUUUGAAAUGCCCUUUACAUUAGUCUGUCAUUGUAAAUAAGAAUUUGUUCUUAACUGACUUGCCUAGCUAAAUAAAGGUUAAAUAAAAUAAAUAUGCCACCCUGUGGCUGAACUGAAACUGUCUACUUGGGAAAACUUGAAACAUGACCCUCCCUCAUUUUUAUUAACCUUUAUUUAACUAGGAAAGUCAGUUAAACAAAUUCUUAUUUUUAAUGUCGGUCUAGUGGGUUUACUGCCUUGUUCAGGGACAGAACGACAGAUUUGUACCUUGUCAACUCGGGGAUUCGAGCUUGCAACCUUUCGGUUACUAGUCCAACGUUCUAACCACUAGGCUACCUGCUGCGCCAUAUGCCCUCCGUCUUGUUGCUACCACGUUUUAAGUAAGAGAUGGAUUAUCCCACUUCCUUGUGUUUUAGAAAUUAUGCCAUUUUAAAUAGUCCGUAAUGAUUCUGGCUGUUGCUACCAAAGGGAAUUAAUUUGCUGUAAAAUUUUAAUAAAGAAUAAGUCAUUGCCAAAUCAA